AUGAUGGAUAUUACACCAACUGACAUGGAAGUCGAUACGAAUAUUGCUUCAAUGGAUUCUGUGAAGCGAAAGGCCUCAGAGCCAAAGUCCAAGACCAUACAUUUCACGUCGCGCAACCCACCCUGGACCUACCUUAAGCUCAAGCUUAUUCCCCAACCUGGAAACGCUCCACAACCCCUCGAUCCCCUCUCCGCACGCACCUAUCUUUCCUCCGCGCUAUCGCAAUUCAUGGGCCUGACAGGCACAGCCAUUCCGAUCGACAUCCUCAAACUCGAGAAUGCUUGCCCACCUGAAGAAAAGUACGACUCUGUUUGGAUUCGCGUCCCUCGCGAGGAUGCAGCGGCUGUCGUGGGCGCGGUGAGCUCGUGGAUCGGCGGCGGGAACAAAUCGGCGGGCGCUGCAGACGUCGCGUGGAGGAUCUCUGCGAAGGGGAAUUUCCUGGGAGCACUCAUUGCAGGCUCUGGGGCAGAUUUGUUUGUUCCCUAG